AUGUCGGACAACCCGAACCAUUAUCAUAAGCAGCUUCUUCGAGAAGCGCGUCUAGCAAAGAGGAACACCAAUAACAAUAGUAGUGAUGGAGAUAAUGAAGAGCCUAGGAGAAAAAAAAGAAACGUCAAAAAACAAUCUUUAAAUAAGAAAACUACAGAAUUGAGAGAAGAGCAAGACCAACAUUCCUUUGACGAAAGCUCAGAUUCAAAUGAUUUUGAAGAUAUAGAUCUUGGCGUACGUGAACCACCAUCAGAUGCAAGUUCUGCGGAAUCGGAAGAUUUUGAAGAAAUCUCAUUAGAUACGGGCCACAGCUAUCAAUUUGAUGAGCAGAGCAACAAUGGUUCAGCAGCUGAAGCAGACGCGUUAACUAUACAAAUACGAGCACCAGAAGAGGAAGAUUUUGAGAUAAGUAAGACGGGGAAAGGAAGAAGUAAAGUGAACUUUGUUAGCAAAGAAGAGCGACGAAGAAGAGUGCAAAUCCAUAAAGAGUAUAUUGCACUAAUGCUCAUUCACCUAAUCUUGCGCAACAGAUGGUGUAAUGCAAAGGAUAUUGGUAAGAAGUUAAAACGAGCGUGUGUAACUACACAAACUCAACAACUACUUACAUAUGAUUCCAAAAACUCACCUUUGCUUGGAUCACGGAAGCUUUUGGAUGCUUUAAAGAAAAUCAUGGCGAUCUAUAGUGAAAAAUUUAGAAUAACAGUUCAAGGCUUGGUAAGAAAGGAUUGGCAGGAACUUGGAGUGAUUCAGGAGGCAGAGGUUGUAACCAAGAAUUUAUUCAAGAAACUUGUUGCCAAUUACAGAGGUAGUCGGGAUGUUGCGGCACAAGGGUUUGUGACUUUAUUGAGGGCUCUAGGCUUGAAUGCAAGACUAGUUUUCUCACUACAGCCUCCUGACUACACCAUUAUUACCAGUCCAACGAAACUACUAGAAGAACAUACAAAGAGCAAUGUGCAGUUUAUGGAUUCACCUUAUCCAAUCUUUUGGGUUGAGGUUUACGACAAGUACAAAAACUCAUGGAUCAGUAUUGACCCCAUUGUUAUGAAGAUUAUUGAAACGUGUCCGAAGAGGAAGAAGUCAUCUUUUGAGCCACCUGCUACAGAUGAGCGAAAUCAACUUCAUUAUGCAUUGGCUAUCGACAAAGUGGGACGCAUUAGGGAUGUGACUCGGCGGUACUGCAUUAAUUAUAAUGCAAAGACUAUUCGGAAAAGAAUAUCUUUUAGAUCAAGUGAGGAUGAAGAUUGGUAUGAGAAUCUUUUACAAGCUGCUAACAGAGGCAAAAAGAGAUCAGUUUGCGAUAUAUAUGAGAUGAAAGAGUUUCAUGAACGUGAUUUGGCUGAAGGGAUGCCCAAUAACCUACAAGCGUUUAAGAAUCACCCGCUUUACGCUUUAGAAUCUCAGUUGCGUCAAAAUGAAGUUAUUUCUCCAAAGGACAAGUCCAGCGUUUGUGGGACUUUCCGUAUAAAGAGUUCGGGGAAAUUGGUGGAUGUAUACAAGAGAAGUUGUGUAAAGAGAUUGAGGUCAGCGAAAGCUUGGUAUAUGAGAGGAAGAAUAUUGAAGAUUGGUGCUAUGCCCAUGAAGACUAAAUCUAGUGGAGUAGGAAAUGGUGGUGGUAAUGUGGCACACGAAAGUAAUACUGACGAUGAAGAAGUGCGUUUGUAUGCAGAGUCGCAGACUAAACUAUAUAUUCCCAAGAUUGAAUUUGAGGAUAGGAUUCCAAAAAAUGCAUAUGGAAAUGUUGAUGUUUACACAGAGUCGAUGAUACCAGAGAAUUGUUGCUUGAUCCGUAUUUCGGAUACUGUCUCGUUGAAGUUGCUUCAAAAAACAGCUCAAUUCUUGGGUAUUGAUUAUGCAAAGGCAAUUACUUCAUUUGAUUUUACUCAGAGAGGUAAGGGAGGGGCACGAACGCCAAAUGCAAAAGAAGGUGGCAUUGUUGUUCUCAAGAUACACGAGGAAGCCACAAGGGUUGCAGUAGACUUUAUGAUUGAAAUGGAGGAAUAUGAACGGAAAAUGCAAGUUGAAGAGAAUGCUUUGAAAAAUUGGAGGUUUUUUUUACUCAAGUUGCGUUUGCAAAAUCGUUUAAACAAAUCCCAUGGUGUUGUUAAUGAUGACAGCGAUACGAUUCAGUUUGCCAGUCCCAAGAAAAAGAGAGGGGAAGAAAUCAAGAGAAAUGAAGCAGAGGAAGAAGAGGAAACAGGCGAAGAAGAGGAAGUAGAGGAAGCAGACGAAGUAGAGGAAGAAGAGGAGCAAGAAGACUAUUACGAUGGUGGGUUUGUCGUUGACGAUCAUGCAAUAGGCUUGAAUGACUCGACACAACUGCAAGGUGGCGUAUUUAAAGAAUCUAGUUACAUCAAUAAGGUUAGUGAUAGAAACGGAAUCGACGAUAAUAGUGAUGAAGAAGAAGAAGAAGAAGAAGUUUUUGAUGGUGGAUUCAUUGUUUCUGAUAGCGAACCAAAUGAUUCAAGAAACCACAAUGACGCGAUACGACAUGAUAAGGAAGAAGAAAAAGAAGGUGCGAAAGAGGAAACCAGCUAUGACAAGGAAGUUGGUCAAGAAUACAAGGAGAUGAGGAGCAGCAGUCGUGGUCUUCGAAGUACUAGAAAAAGAGUACAUAAAUAUGUUGAAGAGAACGAUGAAUUAGAAGAUGAUGGACAACGCAGUUCUCAAGUAUACGACGACGAUGAUUCUCUGUCGGAAGCCAAGUUCAGCGAGCCUUCUUCCGAUCAAUCCAGUAUGGACUUUGAAUACGAGAGUGAAUAG